GUUGCUACGUGGGGGAAUCGGACGAUCGGAGCUCCGCUGCCGGCGAUACGCCAGGAGCCGACCCGCGCUCGCCCCUCCGGACCACAAGGCGGCACGGUGGCGCAGAAACUCGCCCGCGCCCACAGGAACAGCGAUGCCGACAAGGAAAAAGACAAGGACAAACCGAUCACCCCCGACGCGGUGCUCGCGCCCGCCCAAGAUGAGGCCCCGGCCGUCGCAAGCGCACGGCCCGAGCCCAUCGACAUACACCCGCGCAAACGCAAAAUAAGAGCCACCAAAGACACUCAAAUAUCUAAACAUGAACCAUUAGAUAAAGUAAGAGCAGAAGCAACAAACCAUCCCAAUGCCUAUCAAAUGUACAUACACAUUCGAAAGACGAUCGAAGUUCGUCAGAAGAACCUCCUACCCGUCAAGCCUAAGCCUCCAAAAGACUUUAACAAUUAUCUGAUGAAUCGACGCACUUACACCUUACAGUCCACCGUAAACCCGGAAAACAAGAUCGAAAUCCCGACGACACUUCCGCCACAGAUGGUAGAAGAGUUUACUUCCCAAGAGAAAGAACGCACUCGUUUAGUCACCCAGCAUUUGGUUGAAAAAGAAAAGCUGGUGUUGGCAGUCGAGCAGGAAAUUUUACGGGUUCAUGGCCGAGCCGAGAGGGCUGUGAGCAACCAGUCGAUGCCUUAUUCUGUCUGCACAAUCCUGCGCGGGAAGGAGAUUUACACCGAGGUACCUCCAGAGCAAGAAGAGAACAGAACGACUCGUCGGGGGCGUUGCAACGGGCGGCAGAUCAACGCGUGGCUCCAGGAGGUGGACGACAAGUGGGAGAAGAUUAAGGAAGGUAUGCUGCGCCGGCAGCACAUCGAGGCCGAGACCCUCCACGCUGUACAAGUCAUGGAGUGGGAAUGGAAGCUGAAGGAGGUGGGCAUCUGCGACGCGAAGACCAAGCCGACCACCGACCCUGACCACGUGCCUCAAGUCCACGUGUCCAACUUCGACUUGCCUGCUUGAGCUUUACACGAGAUCUCGUUCUUCUAUCUAACGGAUGCCAUUAACAACAUGUUUCUUCUGUCAUUAAGCUUUAGCUUUAUAGAGAUCCGUUAGUCUUUAAUAGUGUUUUUCAUGGUCAAUCUUUGUAAUUGCAUUUUUAGCGUAACUAAUUGAAAUAAGAUCUUUGUAAAGCUGGGUCUUAAUUAUAUUUCGCCAUAUGCGUUCGAAGAUAUUAGAACAUAAGUAAUAAGUACCUUAAUUAAUUGUGUUCAUUUUUAACUGUUAAGUUUAGUUUUAGGAUGUUAGGAGGGGAGUUUUUGACGCUGAGCUCUGGCGUCAGAUGUUAAUGUGAUAGCUUGAAUACAACCGGACUGUUUAGGAUUAUUGAAUUUAACAAUUUCAUAUUGAUUGCUAAUAAGUGUCUAUAUCAUUGUUGAAAUGAAUUUCAGAAAUUUUAAAAGGUUCUUC